AAUAGUUGACUGCUGCGUUAUACUUUUUUUAUAUCCUAUGUAUAAUACAUCUAUAAAAUGACCUACUUGCUUCAAAGACACCGAAAACAUAUAAAUAACAUCAUAUUUCUACAUAGCAUCAUCACAUCUAUUUAAAUUACAUCCAAGAUUCAGACUGUGUUUUUUUCGGAUUACAAGUAAUUCAAAGCAGAAAUGAAGCUAAUAAUUGUGCUAGUAAUGAUGUUGGUUUGUGUGUACAGCAUGAGUAUUGAAAAGAAUAUACCUAAGAGUCACGAUGUACCAGCCAAAAGACAAGUUGCAGAAACUAAAGUUGAAAAAAAGAAACGUAGCGAUGAUGGUGAUGAGGAAAUAUGCGAUGACGAUGAUGAAGAUUGCGAAGACGUAGUAGAUAUAGAAGAAUGCAAUGAAGAUGAUGAUGAUUGCGAAGAUGGAGGAGACCCCGAAGAAUGCGAUGAAGAUGAUGAUGAUUGCGAAAAUGGAGGAGAAACAGAAGAAUGCGAUGAAGAAGACGAUGAUUGCAAUGAUGAAGAUAAGAAAAAAAAAAAGGAAAACAAACUGAAAAAAGAAAGUAAGAAGAAAAAUUCAAAGAAAACAGUGUCAAAGAAUGCAAAGAAAAGUUCUAAAAGAUCAACGAAUACAAAAAAGACCAGCCAAAAAAAGCAACAAAAUAAAAGAGGCGCAAUUCACAAAAGCCUUAAAGCUAAAAGAAGCAAACUUUAAAAAAAAAUUCAACCUGAAUUUUUAAUUAAUGUAUUUUUGUAAAAGUUACGGCGUUUUUUAAUAUUAUGUUUAUUUUUUGA